UGACGAUGCUUGAAGAAAAACGAGAAACAAAAAAGUUUUAUCCAUAAGUAAUCAAUCUGGAAAUUUCUACCGCGCGAAAUGGCUUCAGCUUCUUCUUCUUCCUCCCUACUCUUUCCGUCUCCGUUCAUCUACCAUAACCAUGGCUUCUUCUUCUCUCCUCCUUCCCGAAUCCGCCUAUCACUCUACAAUUUGAAGAGUUUCAGCCAUUCCCUAGCUCUUUCGCGCGAGAUAUCCAACAUUCCGACGAAUGGCGUCGUGAAUUCGAAUUCCGUAUCGACAAACGCCGAAGAAUCUCAGCAGAGGGAGCCUAUGGCUCCUCCUUACAACGUUUUGAUCACCGGCUCUACUAAAGGAAUAGGAUAUGCAUUGGCUAGACAGUUUCUGAAAGCAGGUGACAAUGUCGUUAUCUGUUCACGAUCAGCUGAGAGGGUUGAGUCAUCUGUUCAAAGCCUGAGAGAAGAAUUUGGGGAGCAGCAUGUGUGGUUUCCUUUCCAGGGUACUAGAUGUGAUGUGCGAGAAGGAGAGGAUAUAAAGAAUUUAGUCACGUUUGUGCAGAAAAAUCUUAAAUAUAUUGACAUAUGGAUCAAUAAUGCAGGAUCAAAUGCUUAUAGCUUUAAGCCUUUGGUCGAGGCUUCAGAUGAAGAUCUCAUUGAAGUUGUCACUACAAAUGCUCUUGGUUUGAUGAUAUGUUGCCGAGAGGCAAUAAAGAUGAUGUUAAACCAACCUCGAGGGGGUCAUAUUUUCAACAUUGAUGGGGCUGGUUCUGAUGGUCGACCCACCCCUAGGUUUGCUGCAUACGGGGCAACUAAAAGAAGUGUUGUCCAUUUAACAAAGUCGUUACAGGCUGAAUUGCAGAUGCAGGACGUGAAAAAUGUUGUUGUGCACAAUCUUUCGCCUGGGAUGGUUACAACUGAACUUCUCAUGUCUGGUGCUAAUACAAAGCAGGCGAAAUUUUUCAUCAAUGUUUUGGCGGAACCACCUGAAGUGGUCGCAGAAUACCUGGUCCCAAACAUAAGAUCUAUCCCAACCAAUGGUUCAACAAGGCCCACAUACAUCCGUUUCCUCACUGGACUGAAAGCUUAUUCCCAGAUUUUCUCAAGACUUGCUUUUGGUGCAAGAAGAAACAGAUAUCUGCUAGAAGAUUGAUAAGAAUUUAGAAGUACAAUUUCCCAUCCUGUAAUUGAACGGGGGUUGCAUUAACUUUUGGAGCAAUUGUUGGAGGCUGCUAUGAUGUGGUGGACAGUUUUGUAGCGUUGAGUGUAUAAGAGAGAAUUUGCAGAAGUACAAAUGUAUUUAGUGGUUAUUAGGAGCAUGCAAGUUUUCUAAUCCACAUUUAAGUGGUUGCUAAGAGGCAACCACAUUGAAUGAUUUUUCGUCAACCAUAGUUAAAGAUGUUCUAGGGUGUGGGGCAAAACAAAUUCCAUUAUUUAUUUGGAAUUCAAUGUGGUGGAGAUUCACCUCUCUAAAACAAAACACAAAACAAAUAUAUAAGGUAUAAUGAAUGUAUAAUGUUUCAACUAAAA